AUGAAGGAGUACAACAAGGCCCUGGAUGCCUGCACGGAAGCUGCUGAGCACGACGAUGGCACACAUGCUCGUGAGAUUGAGCAGCAGCAGCAGAAGUGCCUGGACGCCCAGUUCAGCGCCCGUGCCGGAGAAACGGAGCAGCAGACGAUGGAGAGAAUCCAGAACGAUCCUGAGAUCAUGUCCAUCCUGCAAGACCCUGUCAUGCAGAGCAUUCUGCAGCAGGCCAAGAGCGACCCUGCUGCUCUGCAAGAGCACAUGAAGAACUCGCAGGUGCGGAUGAAGAUCCAGAAGCUGAUGGCGGCCGGCGUGAUCCGUCUGGGACGGUGA